AUGUUAAAAUAUAAACAAUUUUUUAAAAGUUUUAUAUUACUAAUAUUAUUACAAUUAAUAUCUUUUAAUAAUUUAGUUUGCAGUGAGGUUUUUUUAAAAGAUGUUUCACCUCCCAAUACUUUUUAUAAGUUUUAUUCAAAUUAUCAAUUUAUCACUUGCCAAUUUGCAUUUGAAAUAUUAUGUAUACCACAGGAAGCAUUAGAUACUUGCAAUGUAGAUUUUAGCAGUCCAGAAUAUUUUAUAGGUUCUACAUCAGAAAUAUUCGAUAACAGUUCAGCAAAAGUUACAAGAUAUGUUAUUAAUUAUGAUAAGAUAGGUACAAAUUAUCUAAAAUAUAAAGAGUUUAGUAUAGAGUUUCAGUGUUUAAAUGUUGAUUUAGAUAAACUAUCAUUUGAAUUGAUAGGUGAUUAUUACACUGAAGGAAAUUCAAUCUCUGGCGUUUAUAGGAUAAACGGAUUAGAUCCGGAUGCAUCAUUUUUCUAUUUUUCUUAUAACAGUGGUCAAUAUUUUUAUUCAACUGCAUUUAACUCAUUAAGAUUAAAUUUCAAUUCAAUACCAGAUGAUCAAGUUUCCCAAAUUCUAGUCAACAUUUCAACACCACAAAAUUCUAGAAUAUUUUCAUUUAAAUCACCAUUUGGAACUGAACAAUAUACACUUUCUAUAGAUAGAUCUUAUCCAAACGAGCCAAGUUUAGAAAACUAUGAUGCAAUGGGUUAUAAUUAUGGAGCAGUACUCUCAUUAAAAGUAAAAGAACCAUUAAAUAAAUUAUUCCUCAACUCAUUAUAUAGUUUUGAAAUUGGAACUAAAACCAAUCUGACUGCUCUAUAUAUUCCAGUUAGUUCAGAUGAAACAGGUGCAACUACAAUACUCACACAAAUAGAGAAACCUCAAGGAAAAUUUGGUUACGAUCUUUUUUACCGAUCACAAUCAAUAAAUACUAAAGUAACACCAAACACUCUAAAACUAAAUUUUAUUCAAUAUCCAUCAUCAGUUUUACCAUGGUCAACUGUAUUAGGAGGUUAUGAAAAUGGUUUGCCUAUUGUCACUUUUGGAUUUUCAGAAAUCAAACCUAUAACUGAUUUUACGCCAUUUUAUUUAUCAAGAAUAGGAGAAUUUUCAUAUGUUGCCAGAUUUCCAUAUGGUUAUAUAAAAUCAUAUUCAAAUCCACAAUCGUAUGAUUUCCAAGUUACAUCGUUAGUAAAACCUACAAAUAUAGAAACAGAUUUAUUAAUUUCCUUAAGAUCAUAUUAUUCAUCUAUUUCAAUAGUUUAUUCCCCAAUUGAUACAUUAUUUGUUUAUGAUUACAAAUUCAAACCUUCUAUAUUAGAUUCAGAAAUUAUUAAUUUAGGAAAUGGUAAUUCAUUAUUAAGAUUAACUCUCAAUAUUAAAUAUGGAUUCAAACAUUUAAAAGUAAAUGGUUUUAAUGGUGAAAUAUUUUAUGGAGCAGAAACUUUUGUUAGUGGUGAUUUAUAUGGUAUCGGAUACUAUGAAUUGAUAGCUCCAAUAAAAUUCGAUUCAAUUUAUUUAAGUGAUCAAGCUUCAUUUGUUCUCGAUUUAAACACCCAAAUAAUAAAAAUUGAUGAUAUAAAUAAUGUAGCCAGAUUAUACCAACCUCCAAUAAAACUUGAUAUGCCUCAAAUUAAAGAUGUAUCAUUUUUAUAUAAUGAUAUCGAUGUUUCGAAUCACCGAUAUUAUAACGUUAUGUAUUUUAAUUAUUCCGAAAAUGUUCCAAGAGAUACUUCAUUUGCUAUGCUCGAUUAUUAUUCUUUAUAUCUUAAAAAUGAAAACCCAAUAUUUUAUUCAAGUUGGAAUGAAAGUAUUAAAAAGUUUCAAAUUAUAUUUUAUAUUGAAGCAAAUAGUCCUCCUGGAUCUUAUCAAUUCUUCUUGUUUUCAGUUUAUGGUCAGAAUUUACAUAGCUCUUCCCUUAGUACACAAUUGUUAAUUAAAAAAACAAAAUUGGAUAAUCAAGGACCAUUAUUUAAAGAAAUAUCAAAGAUUUUACCAGAUAAAGCUGAUGGAUUAAAUGUCAAACAUGGUAUAUUUGGAUGGACCAUUACAAUCGAAGAUCAAAUUAAUGGUUUUAAAAAUGGCUAUAUUGUUAUAAAAGGUCAGAUUGAUCAAUCACAUUACAACAUAUCACUAUCACCAGAAAAGAAUAUUAAAUCAGGUAAUUUAUACUUAGGUGUAUAUGACAUCAAAUUAAACAUUUCAUUCCCAUGCAUUACUCAAAACUAUGUUAUCGAUGAAGUAAAGCUAACCGAUAGAGCUGGUAGAAUUUCUUAUUUCAGUAUUUAUACUGAAGAAACCUAUUAUAUAUCUUUGUCCAAUCCAUUUUUAAAUUAUAUCCAAGAUUCAACAAUCAAUAAAAUUAAAUUAGAAUGCGAAAUCAGUCCAUCCUCUUCAGACAUCACCCCACCAACACUUGUAUUAUUCAAACCAUCAACAUCACAAAAUUCAAAAGAAAUCGAUGUCAGUAAAUCAUCAACCAUCACUUUUGAUUUUAAAGCAUCAGAUCCUGAAAGUGGUUUAAAAAAUAACACAUUCCCAAUUGUUUAUAUUUCAAAUUCAAAUAAUCAAAUGAUCGAAUGUUAUUCAGAAAUUAAAUCAUCAACUGAAUUCGAUACAACAUACAAAUGCACUGUAGAUUUACCACUUGCAUUCGGAUAUCCAGGAAUUAUAAUAUUUUCAGUAUAUGGUUUCAUUAAUAAUAACGGACUAUUCAGUGGUUAUUCAACUAAACUUUUAAUCACAUCAAAUUUUGAUUAUUAUGCAACAACAACUUUCAAUUCAUUCGAACCAGUACUCACUGGCAAUAUUGAAAUAACUGAUAAAGGUGGUAAUCUAUGGCUAUACGGUAAAAGUCUCAGUGAUACAGACUCUGCCUAUAUCAAAUACGAUGGUUCAACAAGUUUUAUAUCAUUACAACCAUCCACGAAAUACUCAACAACUAUUUUAAUACCAGGAAUCAAACCAACAAACAAACCAUAUCAAAUAUAUGUCAGUACAGGAACAACCACUUCAAAUACUAUAAAAAUAACACCAGUUAUAUACGAUUCAUAUUUUUAUUGUAACGGCAAUGGUAUUCAAAAUAUAUCGACCUGUAUUUGUAAUAAUAAAUGGACAACUAUUAUUACAGAAAACCAAUGUACAAUACCAAAUCACUAUAUAUCAUCAUCAACACAAGUAUCAUCAACAACAGGUGGAGAAAUUACACUUAAUGGAUGGUUUGGAACUUUAAAUAAUAACGCAACACUCUUUAUCGAUAAUAAACCAUUACCAUUUUCUAUCAUAUCAUCAGAAUCAAUCAAAACAACAAUCGGAACAGGUAAUAUUGGUUCAAUAAAAGUCAAUUUCACACAAAAUACAAUCACAUGGAGUGGUAGCAUAUAUCCAUAUUAUAUCACAGAUAUAGAAUGUUCAUCAAAAUGUCACGAACAUGGAAUUUGUGAUAAAACAACAGGUACAUGCAAAUGUAAUUCAGAAUUCACUGGUUUCGAUUGUUCAUCACCAAUUAUUAACAAUAAUAAUAACCAAGCAGAAACAGAAACAGAAAUCAAUAACAAUGGAACAGUUACAAUUAAAAAUCAAGAAAUAGGAUAUUCAAUAUUCAUCGAUUCAAUUACAGAAUUAGACCUUAACAAUCAACAAAUAACAAUAUUCAAUUUAUCAAACAACUGGAUAUUAGCAAACAAACAAGAAUCAGUCACUACUUUCAAUCAAAUAAGAAUUAAUGAGGAUAAUUCCAAUGCAAUAAUAAAAUUAAUAAUAGAAGAAGUAAACAAUAAAGAUAAAGACUUCACAUUUGCAGGUAAUCAAUUCACAGUUACAAAAGGAGGAUUCAAAUUAUCAUUAUCAAUUUCAAACUGGUUGUUCAAAAGCAAUCUCAAUACAUUGCAAGUACAAAUGACAUCAGAUAUACAAAUUGACUCAUCAAACAGCAACAAUAAAUGCAAUAAAGAUGAUAAUGAAGCAACUAUAGAAUCAUCAUCAAAUAAUAACUAUUUAAUGAAUAAUAUAAACUAUUUAAAAGUUAUUAAAAACAAUAGAAUACUUUAUGCAAGAUUCCAAGAUAAAAUGUUAUCAGACAAUAGACCAACAACAAUUGUAGCUAAUGUCAUUUCAAAUGAUAAAAAAUCAAUUAAAAUUGCAUUAAACUUACCACAUUGCGAUGAAUGUUUAAUCGAUCCAGAUUUUUCAUUAUUAAUUUCACCAGAUUAUAAUUUUGAAUGUAAAGAUUCAAGAAAGUGGGUAAUUGGCGUUGCCGUUUCAUCAUUAUCAGUAAUCAAUGUGUCAUUCUAUAUAUUACUAUUCUCGACUGUUCAAUCUUUAAUUACCGAAAAGCCUUGGAAUUUAUUAUCACAAUUAAGACCAUCCCAAAUUAAAAAGAUUAUUUAUUAUUCAUUAUUUAAUCUUUUUAUUGUAUUAACAUGGAAUUGUUCAGUAAAAUAUAUUGGUCCAUUAGGGUAA